AUGUUUUUUCAUCUUUUUUUGUUUUUCUUUUUCUCUUUUCUUCUUUUUUUUCAUCUUUCUUUUUUUUUUCUUUUCUUUUCUUUUCUCAUGUGUUUCAUAAUCUUUUUUUUCUUUUUUUUCUCUUUUCUCAUGUGUUUCAUAAUCUUUUUUUCGUUUUUCUUUUCUCUUUUCUCAUGUUUUUCUUUUCUCUUUUUCAUAUGUUUUUCUUUUCGUUUUCUUUUCUCUUUUCUCAUGUGUUUCAUAAUCUUUUUUUUUUUUUCUCUUUUUCUCAUAUGUUUUAUAAUCUUUUCUUUUCUUUUCUCUUUUUUUCAUGUGUUUCAUAAUCUUUUUCAUUUUCUUUUCUUUUCUCAUGUGUUUCAUAAUCUUUUUCAUUUUCUUUUCUUUUUUUUGUGUUUUAAUCUUUUUGAUUUUCUUUUCUCUUUCUCAUUUUUCUUUUCUCUUUCUCAUGUGUUUUUAAUCUUUUUGUUUCUUUCUCUCUUUUCUUUUAAUCUUUUUUUUUUUUCUUUUUUUGUUUCAUUUUUCUUUUCUCUUUUUUCAUGUGUUUUUUUUUUUCUUUUUCUCUUUUCUCAUGUGUUUCAUCUUAAUCUUUUUCUCUUUUUCUUUUCUCUUUUCUCUUUUCUCAUGUUUCAUAAUCUUUUUUUCUUUUUCUUUUCUCUUUUUCUCAUUUGUUUCAUAAUCUUUUUCUAA